ACACAUGGAACUACAGUUCCCAGAGGCAUUGUCGAUGAGCCCACAUCUAGGAACUGGCGGCGGCCGGGACAGAGUGACCUGCCGCUGGACAUGGCUUUCCUAGCCAGAACUUUUGGGUACCCCGCCUGCAGAUCGGUGGCCCAGUUGGGUGGCAGGUGGCUCCAACCCCGAGUCCCGGACGUUUGGGGGCUCCCCUCCGUGCAGCAGCAGGCCCGCGGCCGCACGCGCGGGAACGAGUACCAGCCCAGCAACAUCAAGCGCAAGCACAAACACGGUUGGAUCCGCCGGCUGAGCACCCCGAGCGGCGUGCAGGUCAUCCUCCGCCGCAUGCUGAAGGGCCGCAAGUCCCUGAGCCACUGAGGAACGGCGCCCGCGCCUGCGGGAACAGACUCAGACGCCGGUAGAACUGGCCGAGAGCAAGAAUUUGGGGGCCGUCCCUUCCUAGGCUUUUGGAGUAUGAAGAAUUCAAAACUUGCAGAGCCCCUAGGUCCCCGCGUCCCCAAGCCCACAGCGGUGGCUCCCCCUCCUGCGUUAUCUCUGCAGUUUCUGUACAUGUUUCUGAAGGCAUCUUUGUAAGCUUGGCUCCUUAAAAUAUCACACCACCCCUGGUGGUUCCAGCCACUCGGAAAUAUUACCGGCUCUCUAAUAAACCUUCCCGUUUCUA